GAAUCAAAAGGUUUCGAGGUUCUCACGUCUGGUUCUUCUUUUUUCCCUAAAAAUUUCCCCUUUUUGUUAGCCUAAAAGUAACAUGUUUGGGUAUUUUUUUGAUGUAGGGUUUCUUUUUAUGGAUUUUUUCUUCCAUCCGUGAAGAAUUUCAAGAUAGCAUUCUUUUAUUCUUUCAAUGUGGUCAUCUCUUUGGGCUCAAUCGGGAUCCAAGCAUUGAAGGAAUCGAAGGUAAAAGGUCUUAUGGCUUGAUUGCCUGCUUUCAUACUUUCUCCAUUGCUCAUCAAAAAGAUUUGAAUGGACACAGGGCUGCCAUGGGUUCCUCAAGAAUCUUCUCAGCCACGUGAGCAUGGAGAAGCCAGUGCUGGUCCUGUUCACCCAUCUAAUCAACCAGAUGGGUGCUGCCAAAUAUGCAGACGUGUCUUCUCAUCCGAUAACGAGAUGGUACAGGGCUUUGAAGCACUAUGUAUAUGCAAUUCAUGCAGAAUCAUGUUUCUUGAUGAUCUCAAUACGACCACAAGGGACUCCCGCCGAAGAAUACGCAGUAGAAAUAGAGCUGGUUAUAUUGGAAGUUCAGAGUCUAUCGAUGACAUCUUUUCACAAGAAUUCUCACAUUUAAUUAACAUGGCAAGGCAGACUCAGCAUAACUUUAUGGUUUCUGAUCAUGGGCUCCACCUGGAUGUUGAUGGUAACACCUUGCAACGAGACCCUAGUCCCUAUUCUGCUCUUAGCUGGUGGCAAAGAAGGCGAAGGGCUUAUUCUGAUAAUGAAAGUGAGGGUUUUGAUAAUGUGGAGUCCCUUUUUGGUGAGAGCGAUACCAAUGCCAGUUUCAGUGGGUAUGGGGCUUUUCAUGGGGAGAGUGAUGGUGUAUCAUACAGUGCUUAUGGGGCAAACUCAGAUGCAUCAUUAGAUGGGCAAAGCUUUGUUGAUAGGGACAUGUUUCUCCACCAUGACGGUAAUAGUCCGGCAGAGAGCGAUACCGACAUUGACCCAAUGCAUGCAGGCCUGGACCAGUGGGAUUCUAAUGUGGAAGAUGAAGAUGGUGAAUGGGUAGAAGCAGAUGGAGAGGAAGAGGCAGUUGAAACUACUGGACAUGAUGGUUGGGCUAGGGGUGCCUUAAGUGCUGAUGAAGCUAAUAAUGGCUCUGGGGAUUGGGAGCUUCGAAUUCCUUCUCCACGAACUCGGUGGAGGAUUCGCCAGAGACUAGAACUAGCAGAUGGUAUUAGAUUGAAUGUCCAACCCUAUGUUCCUAACAUUUCUCGAUUUUUGGAGAGAAAUGAUAUGCCAACUUAUGUUGGGAAUUCUGGAGAUGAUCUUGAUUCAAGAAGCUUUGAAGAACUACUUGAGCACCUUGCUGAAACUGAUAACUCUAGAAGGGGCGCACCUCCAGCCUCUGCAUCUUUUGUUGGCAGUUUGCCUAAGGUAGUAAUUGGUAAGGAGCAUGAGAAGCACGGAAACUUGAUAUGUGCAGUAUGUAAAGAUCCUUUAACCAAAGACACUGAAGCAAAUCAACUUCCCUGUUUGCACCUGUAUCAUCCAUUGUGCAUAUUGCCAUGGUUGAAUUCAAGGAACUCAUGCCCCGUUUGUCGAUAUGAGCUUCCCACUGAUGAUGUGGAAUAUGAAGAAGGAAAGCAAUACAGUGGAAUUGCAGUUCAUGGGCUUCAACAACAGGGCCCGACUGAGGUUGGUCCAUCCAAUAGCUUGGAUGAAACUGAGGGUGGAGAAAGUGGCAAUCUGCAGUUGGGUUUUCUUGACGGUGCUAGAAUAGAAGAUGCUCUGGAAAUUUCAGAUGUUGGCAAUUUAGCUGAUAGUGAUGAUAGGAUUGAGAGGAUGUCUUUGGGUAUUGGCAAUGUGGACCAAGGGCCUCUAAUUAACACAGUUGAUUCUAUUAACCCUUCAACAAGGCAACGUGGAGCAAGGGGGGGAUGGUUCUUUUUAGCAACUGCUCCUAUUGUUAGCAUUGUUGGUAUUGUUCUUGUUUUGUGGUUUGGGAAUCCUCUGACUGAGGGAAGGCUACUCAGGGGUGCUAGACAACGAGACCUUAGGGAAACUUCUGGCAGCUCCUCGAGGGACGUGCAUCAUAUGAAUAGACCUAGGAGAUGGUGGUCACUCUUCUGAGGAAAAAAUUGAUGUUCUAAUUUAUCGUAUUGGGGUGUUGUAGUUUACCCUCUAGCAAAUUUCUAUGCUUCCAUGUAUCUCUUAGGAGAAACAUGGGGAUUUGCUUUUUUGCAUGUGCGUGUUAAUAUAUGUUGCAACCUGAUUUUGAUCAGGAAACUAGCUUUUGUAUCCAGUGUACAAGAGUGAGUUGAUUGUAAUCAAUUUUACUUGACCAUAAUGGAAAGUUGCUUCAAAUCUGUUUGCUUUCUUA